GGAGUUGUCUCAACGGUAGGGAGGAAAACAAGAUGGCGAACGCCCCGCGCCGGAAGAAGCUAGUGAUUGUUGGUGACGGUGCUUGUGGAAAAACAUGCCUACUUAUUGUAUUCAGCAAGGAUCAGUUUCCUGAAGUCUACGUGCCAACAGUUUUCGAAAAUUACGUAGCGGACAUCGAAGUCGAUAAUAAACAGGUUGAGCUGGCACUGUGGGAUACUGCAGGCCAAGAAGACUACGAUCGACUCCGACCGUUGUCCUACCCAGACACUGACGUCAUCCUCAUGUGCUUCUCCAUCGACAACCCAGACAGCCUUGAGAACAUCCCCGAGAAAUGGAACCCGGAAGUGAAACACUUUUGCCCCAGCGUUCCCGUCAUCCUCGUCGGCAACAAGAAAGACAUCCGUAAUGACGACCACAUCAAGGCUGAGUUGGCGCGAAACAAACAGUUUCCGGUUAAAAUGGAAGAGGGUCGUCAAAUGGCCGAGCGAAUAGGAGCAGAGGCCUAUCUCGAAUGUUCGGCUAAAACGAAGGAUGGCGUGAGGGAAGUUUUCGAAACAGCAACACGUGCAGCACUAAAGGUUGAGCUUGUGUUGUGGGAUACUGAGGCAGAAGAAGACAUCUACCAAUACCGAAAGAUGUGCUACCGAGAUACUGACGUCUUCCUCAUGUGCUUCUCCAUCGACAACCCGGACAGUCUUGAGAAUAUUUCCAGGAAAUUGAACCCAGAAGUGAAACACUUUCGCCCCAGCGUUCUCGUCGGCAACAAGAAAAACAUCCGUAAUGACGACCACAUCAAGGCUGAGUUGGCACGAAAUAAACAGUUUCCGGUUAAACCGGAAGAGGGUCGUGAUAUGGCCGAGGAAAUAGGAGCAGAAGCCUAUCUUGAAUGUUCGGCUAAAACAAAGGAGGGUGUGAGGGAAGUUUUCGAAACAGCAACACGUGCAGCACUAAAAUCAAAGAAGAAGUCCAAGAAGACGAAAUGUAAAAUUCUGUGA